CUUGUUGACAUCACACGAUCAGAUCGUUUAAGCCUUGUUGCUUCCUGGGAGUGGUGGAGGAGUCAAAGGGAAGGUGGUGAUUAAAAGCUCAGUCGAGAGGCUGGAUAGUAAAGUGGCAGCCAAUCCAUCCUUUCCGUGACCAGCAAAACGUCAAGAUGCAGAGAGUCCGCCAGCCUCUUCUCCUCCUGCUCUCGUCUUCCUCGUUGGCUCAACCAGUGCGUUUGCGGACUCUGAUUGUCGGAGGCCAUGAAGCCAAGCCCCACUCCAGACCCUACAUGGCCACGCUCAAAACAGAAGAGGGCUACAACUGUGGUGGAUUCCUCGUGGAUCCCCAGUGGGUCAUGACAGCUGCACACUGCUUUGAUGACAUGACUGUUGUCUUAGGGGCGCACGAUCUCUCUGACAUCGAGGACUGUCAGCAAGUAAUUGGUGUCGAGUCGUAUCACAUCCACCCAGAAUAUUGCUCUUUCAACACUUCAAAUGAUAUCCUUCUGCUCAAGCUGGCUUUCAAGGCCGUUCUGAAUAAGUACGUCCAGCCCGUGCGCUUGCCGAAAUCGAGCAGCGACCUCCCCGGGGGAACGCCCUGCAGCCUUGCGGGCUGGGGCCUGAUUGAUGAGUACCGGAAAACAGAGAAGCUCUACGAGACCAACAUCACCAUCUACAGUCGCCAGAAGUGCCUGAAGUUCUACCCGGUGCUCAACGACGGGAUGAUCUGCGCGGGUAGCCAACAGCAGCUGCGGGACACCAGCCAGGGGGACUCAGGUGGCCCCAUGGUGUGCAAUGGUGUGGCGCAGGGAAUCGUCUCCUUCGGGAACGACUUCCCUCCUGGGGUUUACACCGGGAUCGCCGCCUUCCUUCCUUGGAUCCACAAAACCAUGGAGUCAUGAAGAGAAGAAGCCGGAGCAGCUGUAUUUCUGCUUUUUAAAAAGCCUUUUGCAUGCUUAAAUGAAACAACAACAACCCUGCACAGCUUCCAUUCUGCAAUGCCUCUCCAGUCCCAAAUGCUGCAAACACAUGCACAGACCAAAAAGAAAGAAAACCUGUAGGGUUAUAACUGCAUGCUUGUAUUUUUGUGAGUUGCCUUCUCCGGCUCAUUUUGUGAUGAUGAGAUGAUAGCCGGCUGCAAAAGGAAAUCAAGAA